AUGCCGUCAACCACCGCAGAAACACUCUCGCUCGUCAACAGGAACGUGUCAGUAGCGCCAUUAGUGCUGCUCUCAGCGACAGAUCACUACGCUCGUUCAGCAAAGGGCACACGCAAGCGAGUCGUUGGUGUGCUGCUGGGUCAGAACGAUGGCAAGAACGUGAGAGUGUCAAACAGUUUUGCUGGUAGGUUGCCACUGCUACACUGUGCGCAAGACAUGCUGACAGUCGCCUCUCAGNUACCGUUCGAGGAGGAUGAAAAGGACCCAUCCGUGUGGUUCCUUGACCACAACUACAUCGAGUCGAUGAACGACAUGUUCAAGAAGGUCAACGCCCGUGAGAAGUUGAUCGGAUGGUACCACACUGGCCCCAAGCUGCGCGCCUCAGAUCUGGAGAUCAACGAACUGUUCAAGCGCUACACACCCAACCCUCUUCUUGUUAUCAUCGACGUUCAACCCAAAGACGUCGGUGUACCAACAGAUGCUUACUUUGCUGUUGACGAGAUCAAAGACGUACGUUUGCAUUCAACGUCCAUCACUCUUUGCCUCAAGACUUACACACAUCGCAGGNAUGGAACUACAACCGCAAAGACAUUCGUCCACACACCCUCAACCAUCGAAGCCGAAGAAGCAGAAGAGAUUGGAGUUGAGCACCUGCUCCGUGAUAUCCGCGAUGUUGCAGUUGGUACUCUUUCGACUCGCGUGACGUCGCAGCUGCAGUCGCUGCAAGGCCUGCAUCACCGUCUGCAAGAUAUUGGCAAAUAUCUUGACAAGGUCGUUGAUGAAGAGCUCCCUGUCAACCAUGCAAUUCUCGGCAACCUCCAGGACGUCUUCAACCUCCUUCCCAACCUCUCCACUCCCAAGACCGCUAGCGCUAUCGGCCUCGCUGGUCCACAAGCAUCUGGCGAUUCCGAACUUGCCCGCGCCAUGAGCAUCAAGACCAAUGACCAGCUCAUGUCCAUCUAUCUCGGCAGUUUGAUCCGCGCCAUCACCGCCUUCCACGACCUCAUCGAAAACAAGGUGCAGAACAAGCAGCAAGCUGAAGACAAGGAGCAAAAGAAGGAGGAGGAUAAGACAAAAGAAACCAUCAAGAAGACUGAGAACCUCAUGUUGAAUGGCGAUGCUCCAGCUGAACAGCAAGGAAAGGACGACAAGUCCAAGAGCCCCAAGGACGACAAGAAGAAGGGCUGA